AUGGCCGCCGGGGCUUCGCCGGCGGCCUGGAGGUGGCCCGCCCCCGCCGACGUGCGGCCCGACCAGCUGCCGCUGAGGCUGGAGGGCGCCAGGUGGGAGGACGCGGAGCAGUUCCAGGCCUCCCACCCGUCAGCGUCCGUGCUCAAGUACGUGGAGGACCGCGGAGGCGACCUGUACGUGGUGGAGCGCCCCAGCGCGGUGCACGAGGGCGUGGCGUUCUCCCUGUCCAGGGAGCUCACCAAAUGGGCGGUGCGCAACUCCGUGCCGCCCCAGCUGACGCUGCUGCCCAGCUACAACUUGGAGGGCGUUUGGCCGCGGCGGGUGGGCGGUCGCCUGCACGAGGCCGACUGCGGCUGGGCGAGCAGGCGGGCGCUGAAGGCGGCGCCUGACCCAGGGGCCACGGGGCUGCACCUGGUGCUCGAGGCGGCGGUGGGGCAGAGCCUGGAGGCGGCGGAGGCCAAGGUGCGGCGCGUGUGGUUCGCGGCCGACGACUACGGCCCCUCCCUGGCGGUAGUCGUCAAGGUGGACGUCUGCGGGAGCGGCCACGGGGUCAGGGCCCUGCUGCUGUCCCGGCACUCGGAGGCGCCCCUGGUGGACGUGACGCUUGGGGCUGCUGCCGGCGGGGAGGGGGAGGGGCCGUCGCUGGUGCUGCCGCUGGAGCUGCUGUACGGGGACCACGCGGGGGAGCUGGCGCCGGGGACGCCAGCCCCGCGCAUUGCCGUGCGGGCCAUAUCCAAGCCGGCGUUCGCGUGCCUGGAGGGGGAGGGCGGCUGA